UCCAUUUCCCUUUCAGAUGAGCCCUCGAUGUCGGAGAUGAGUCAUUCCAAUGGGAUUUACAGCAAUCUGAGUGAAGCGUCCCCUGCUCUGGGGAGACAGGCUGGGACCAACGGGAGCUUUGCUCUGGAUCACAGUGGCAUCCCUGCUCAGGACCAGUACCACGACCUGCGAUCCACCAGCCCCUACGGGAUACCCCAGUCACCAGCUUCCUUGCAAGCGCUGCCAGGCCACCAGCCUUUAAUCUCCAGCUUGGUUUACCCCGACAACGGCUUGGGCAUCAUGGGACAAAGCGGACAAGGGGUGCCCCAAUCCAUGCGGGUCCUGGCUGGGAACGGGCCCAGCUCCGACCUCUCCACCGGCAGCAGCGGGGGGUACCCGGAUUUCCCCGCCAGCCCAGCCUCUUGGCUGGAUGAAGUCGAUCACGCUCAGUUUUGA